AUGUCGACGUUAGCUGCGCCUUUAUCUGUGGCAGGAACGAGAUAUUCAGGAGCACCUGUUCGGACACAAAAUGUUAUGGCAGCAGCAGCUAUUGCUAACAUAGUGAAGAGCUCAUUGGGACCAGUUGGACUGGACAAAAUGCUGGUUGAUGAUAUCGGAGAUGUCACUGUUACCAAUGAUGGUGCUACUAUUCUUAAGAUGUUGGAAGUAGAACACCCAGCGGCCAAAGUGUUGGUGGAGCUAGCACAGUUACAAGAUGAGGAGGUUGGAGAUGGCACUACCUCAGUCGUAAUUAUUGCAGCCGAGCUACUUAAGAAUGCAGAUGAACUGGUGAAGAACAAAAUUCAUCCAACAAGCAUCAUCUCUGGCUACCGCCUAGCUUGCAAAGAGGCUGUGAAAUAUAUCCAAGAUAACCUCACAGUCACCGUUGAAUCACUUGGCAGAGCAUCCAUCAUCAAUGCUGCCAAAACUACCAUGUCUUCAAAGUUGAUUGGAGCUGAUGCGGAUUUCUUUUCCGAAAUGGUGGUAGACGCAGCAAUGGCUAUCAAGACAAUGGACCCCAAGGGUAACGCUAUCUACCCCAUCAAAGCCGUCAACAUCCUGAAGGCCCACGGAAGGAGCGCUCGGGAGAGUGUGCUUGUUAAAGGAUAUGCCCUUAACUGCACUGUCGCUUCACAGGCCAUGCCCAAAAAAAUUGUUAAUGCUAAAAUUGCCUGUCUCGAUUUCUCACUGCAAAAGACAAAGAUGAAGCUUGGUGUUCAGGUUCUUGUAAGUGACCCCGAGAAGUUAGACGCGAUCCGCGCUCGCGAAUUGGACAUUACAAAGGAGCGUCUCCAAAAGAUCCUUGCUACCGGAGUCAAUGUGAUCCUGUGCAGCGGUGGUAUUGAUGAUCUCUGCUUGAAAUACUUCGUGGAAAAUGGUGCUAUGGGCGUGAGGCGUUGUAAGAAAGCUGAUUUGAAGAGGAUCGCUAAGGCUACCGGGGCUGCGUACCUUACCUCACUUACUAAUAUGGAAGGUGAAGAAGUUUUCGAACCAAGCAUGAUUGGAGAGGCUGCGGAAGUUGUACAAGAACAAAUCUGUGAUGACCAGCUUAUCUUAAUUAAGGGGCCGGCAGCGCGCACGGCGGCGUCCAUCAUCCUGCGCGGCCCCACGGACGCGUACUGCGACGAGAUGGAGCGCUCGGCGCACGACGCGCUGUGCGCCGUGCGCCGCGUGCUCGAGUCGGGCCGCCUCGCGCCCGGCGGCGGCGCCGUCGAGGCCGCGCUCUCCAUAUACCUGGACAACUUCGCCACCACGCUGAGCUCUCGCGAGCAAUUGGCGAUCGCGGCGUUCGCGCAAUCCCUCCUCGUGAUACCCAAGACGCUGUCAGUGAACGCGGCACGCGAUGCUACAGACUUGGUGGCCAAGUUGCGAGCGUAUCACAACUCCUCGCAGACUAAGGUAGAGCACGCGAACCUAAAGUGGGUCGGUCUAGACCUCACCGAGGGCACGCUACGCGACAACCUGGCUGCGGGUGUCCUCGAACCCGCUAUAUCCAAGAUAAAAUCCCUAAAAUUCGCCACUGAGGCGGCGAUCACCAUCCUGCGUAUCGAUGACAUGAUCAAAUUAGACCCAGAACAGAAGGGCAAGAGCUAUGAAGACGCGUGCAACGCCGGCGAGCUGGACUAACUCAGUUAACUUAUUCUCUCGAUUGGCGAGUGAUAAACUGGAUAACCUAGGGGCGUAUUAAGUUAUGGAAAAGUUAACAUAGUGACAUCAUCGAUAAAAAAAAACUUAUUUUGGAUUGAUAUUUGCCCAUAUGUGUCCUUUAGUAUACAGGCAGUAAUUGAAAUAUUUUUUUCAAAAAAUAUAGCCUAAUAUGCCCCUUAAUUCUUUUUUAGAGUGAUUGCUAUCAUAAGUACAUUACUUGUACAUCGAGAUCCAGUAACUUAAUUUUGUAUUGUAUGAAGUCUUUUAUAUACGCCGCUUUGGAAGUAUUAUGUUAUGUUACAAGAAUAAUUUGUUUAAGUUGGCCAGUUACAAUAUGUAUUUGCGGGACUAUAGCUGUUACACUGUUGAGGCGAAAUUAUUGAAUGUUGGUAAUUAAUGUUAUAAAAUUAAACGAAAGAUUUCCAAAUUGAAUAAAAUAACUAACAUGUGCAGGCCUCACAAAUAUAACUUCAUACAUUAUUAUAUUCAUCAGAAUUACAUGAUACAUUCUCAAUAUGUUUAAAAUAAAAUAUCCAAUGGAAUAUUCAAUAAAAGAGGAUGAAAUAUGAAGCACAAUUCAUUACACAUUAUAGAUAUUUUUCAGUUGCAUACACAGCUUGUAUUUUAAAGUUUAAGGUACACAAAGACUGUUAGAUUGUGACUUCAAAGUUGAUAUUAGUUCACAAUUAUUUGUUGAUAGCCACCAAUCACCGAAAAUAAAAUAUUAAUAAUAUUAAUUUAAAUCCUUGCUAAAGAUCGAAUUUCAUUUGAUCCAUUAAAAGAACUAGUUCGUAAUGGUUUUAUGCUUUUAACAUUUAAUGCUAGUUUAUUUCGCUAGGGCCUAUUUUGGCAUAAUAAAGAUUAAUAUUUUAA